GUCACUAGAAGUCAUCUCAAUUGUUGGAAUGGGUGGCGCAGGGAAAACCACUUUAGCUCGAAAACUUUAUGAGGAUCUAUUAGUUUCUAGUGACUUUGACAUUCGAGUAUGGGUCACAGUAUCUCAAGAAUACAGUAAAAGGCAAAUACUUAUUAGCCUUUUACAUUGUAUUGUUUCAUCGACCACCGAAUUCUCCAGAAGAGACAAUUUUGAGCUAGCAUAUCAGCUCAAAAAAAGUUUGCAUGGCCAAAGGUAUUUGAUUGUCAUUGAUGAUCUUUGGAGUACACAAGUAUGGGAUGACAUUGAAAGAUGUUUUGUUAACGAUUACAUCCAAAGUCGAGUUCUGAUAACUACUCGAAUACAGCAAGUGGCUGAACAUGCUUCCUCAACAAAAUCAAAAGCAUUCAUGUACCAUAUACGUUUUCUAGAUCCAGUUGAAAGCUGGAAUCUAUUUGUCAGGAAAGUGUUUAAAGUUGGAGUUUGUCCACUCCCGGAACUCGAGCCAAUUGGGAGAAAAAUUGUUGAGAAAUGCUAUGGAUUACCUCUAAAAAUUGUUGUGAUUGCCGGAAUUCUAGUCAAACUCGGCAUGUCACCAGAGCGCUGGGAGGAUUUUGCUCAAAAUUUUGAUUCAACAUUAAUGGAAAUGGACUCUCAUUCAGUUCUAGGGAUACUUGCAUUGAGCUACGAUAACUUGCCAACCUACCUGCGAACUUGUUUUCUAUAUUUGGGAAUGUUUCCUGAAGACAGUGACAUUCAUGUCAAGAAAUUGAUGAAAUUAUGGGUGGCAGAGGGGUUUUUAGAGGCCAAGAUGGGUAAAAGUUUGGAAGAGUUAGCAAUGGAUUACUUGUAUGAUCUUAUUGACAGAAAUCUAGUUCUAGUUGUCAAGCGAAGUUUUGAUGGAAAAAUCAAGUCAUGUAGGGUUCAUGAUUUGCUACGUAAAUUUUUCUUGAGAAAAACACUAGAAGACAACAUGUUGGUUGUUAGUGAUGAUUAUCGAGAUGAUGUUGUAGGAACACAACAAUCAUCAAAAUUGGGUUGUCGUUGGAUGAGCUGCCAAUCUCAUCGUUGGCCAAUUACUCCAUCAAAUUACAAUGGGGGUAAAAUCCGUUCCCUUCUCUAUUUUGGAAAAGAUUUAUACCUUCAAAAAUGCAACUUCAUAUUUUCAUGUCUCAAUUUGUUAAGAGUUUUGGAUUUAUCUCUAAUAAAGUAUUGGAACGGCAUGCCCACUGAAAUUGUGAAUUUGAUUCAUUUGAGAUAUCUAGCUUUAACCACUACGGGUUCUCUUUCUAAGUUUCAAUUUUUUAAAUUCCAAAGUUUGCAAACUCUCAUUCUCUUUUCAUGGAUGGAAGACUAUCAUUUACAACUUCCCGAUGAUAUUUUGAAUUUGCCUUGGUUAAGGCAUGUGCGCCUUGACAAGGGAUCUUCACUUGAUCUCCCAAGCUCAGUUCAAGAAAAUCUACACACUCUUUUCUGGUUAAAAGUUGCUAGUUGGGACUCAAAACUCCUGGAUUUCACAAGGGUUCCAAAUUUGAAGGAAUUGGGGAUUUACAUUGAAGGCCAAGUGUCGAGUGAUGCUCUUGAUGGUCUUGUUCAGUUAUAUUGUCUUGAAAAGUUAAAAUUUGAAUUAGGAAGGGUCGAGCACUUUUGCCUCCCGAUUUCUUUUCCACCGAAUCUCAAGAAGUUGACUCUUUGUAAGACUUAUCUUCCAUGGGAGGAGAUGGAUAUUAUUAGCAAACUUUCCAAUCUUGAAGUACUCAAGCUAAAAGAUUUUGCUUUUUGUGGUCCAGUGUGGAAACGAAGUGAUGAGACGUUUCGUCGAUUAAAGUUCUUGCUUGUUGCGCAUUCGGAUCUCGAACAUUGGGAAGUAGAUGAAUAUGUAUUCCCAGUUUUGGAGUGCUUAGCACUAAGAUGUUGCUGGUAUUUGGAAGGAAUUCCAAUUGAUUUUGCAAAUAUUUCCCAUCUCCGAUUAAUUGAGUUAAUCGACUGUUGUCCUUCUCUUGUGGAUUCUGCAAAUAUGAUCCAAGAAGAGCUCAUUAAUUUAGGGGAAUAUGAACGGCUUGUUGUUCGACAUUUUUUAACUGAGGAGGAAUUGCAAAAGGAUGGAAGCUCUGAAGAAGAGAGAUAAUAUGCAAUUUGAUUAUUUUGUGAUUGAGCAAAACUGGUUUAGGCAAGGGAAAUCAUAUAGAAGCUAUAAUGAGGCAAAAUUCCCAGAAAUAUAUGUCCCUUCCUGCUGGCAGAUGUUUCAAUUCAUUGAGUUGCUGAUGUUGCAGUUGAUGUAUUAUUGUUGAAGUUCUUCAUCUGUCUCUUUGGUAUUUUGGAUUCCUAGAAGUGUUAAUGUUUUGGUCUUAUCUAUCAAAUCAAAAUAAUAUUUGGUUCCCAAGAAUAAUGUGAUUGUUGGAAAAUGAACACAAAUGCUGGACAGCUCUGUAAUAUGUUUUACUUUUGAGAUUAAAAAUGACUUGGUUGCAAA